UUGGUUUACGUUUGUUUGGCGCGGAACUUCGUACCCGACUUAGCCGGGCGCUAAUAUCGCGCACAUUUAGUUAUGACUGUGUAAUUAACACACUGUGAUUUGUUUGCAUUAUUAACACUACCUGAUGAAGUGGUGCUGCGCGGGGACACUUACAGUAAAGCUAGCAUGCUUAGCUAGCUGGCUAACUCCUUAGAUAGUUUGUUUUCUUUUCUCUUUUGUUUUUGUACUUAAAAUACGAACUUCUUCACUAGACUCCACGGACACCAGGCACGGGAAUUUACAAAGCUGCACGUUGAUUUCGGCUGAAUGUGAGCUGAGAAUGGCAGGGCGAGGUCGUGCCAGAGGACGAGCUCAGCUCAGUUUUCCUGUGGAGGCAGUGGGAAUAGGCAAAGGAGAGAACCUUCCACCAUCCACUGUCCAGCCUACACCACUGUUUCCUCCAUUGGAGCACAAGCCAGUGCCGUUACAGACAGGAGAAGAAGCAGAAUAUAUGCUAGCUCUGAAGCAGGAGUUCCGAGGUGCCAUGAAGACUCUGCCUUUCUACAUACGACCUGCUGCACCCAAGAAAGAUGUGGAACGUUACUCUGACAAAUAUCAGAAUAUGGAACCAUCUGACAACACCAAUGAAUGGAGCCCAGACUGGAAGCGUUUGCCGAAAGAGCUGCGUGUGCGGGUGAAAAGGCCUCCAAGCGAGAGAAGCAAGGUCUUUCCCAAAACCAGAAAACAGCCAGAAGUGGAUAAAGAUAUCAUCCGCAAACUGGAGACGCUGGAGAAAAAGGAGGAGGUGAGUUCUGAUGAAGAAGAAGGUGAAAAGAAAAAAGCAGAGGAUGAAGAGGUAGAGGGGGAGGAGGAGUAUGAUGAAGAAGAGUUCGAAGAGGAGACAGACUACAUCAUGUCCUAUUUUGAAAAUGGAGAGGAUUUUGGUGCAGACAGUGAUGACAAUAUGGAUGAGGCUGUUUACUGAUGCAGAACUGCAAAGCCACAAAUGAUAAGCUGAGUGAAUCUGAAUCCCUCACACAUUUAAGUAUGGCUGGAUUGCUGACGAUUUCUCUGGGCAGCUGAGUUUGUUAUACAGAAACACAUGAAAAUUUUUUCACAGUGAGAUUGAACAUGAUAUAAAUGAAGUGCAACCUUUUGGUGGAUUAACAUGCUAUAAGAUAUAAUCAACUUUACACAGUUGAGGUUUACUUACAAGCACACAAAAAAAUAAGUUUUAAAUGUACAGUAAUUAGCCAAUUUCAUGAAGAUGUAACGUAAACACGUUGCCUUGUUAAAUGAGCACAAUAGAUUUGACCAAUUGAGAUUUUGCAGUGCAUGAAAAUACACGACAUAAAAUGUUCUAAAAGAGAUUUGUAGCCAGGUAGACGGAUAUCUGUAUAUUUUGUUUUCUUAUUAAUAGUAACAUUUCGGAUUAGUUUUAUCAUUUUUAUUGUCAUUUUAAUCGUUAAACAGAAAACAAGGAGCACAAUUUGUACACAAUUUUAAAGUUUUAUACAAUGUUGUUAUUUGAAUAUUAAAUGCAGUUUUUGGCUAACACUUGUGUUGAUUAUU